GAGAAGAGUUAUUACCGAGAUUCUAGUUUCAGAAUCAGCCAAAAAUCGAUUAUAUAUGACAAUCUUUCAUCGUCAUAUAUACCUGACUUGGUUAAUCGAUCAAAAGUCUUGUUAAAAUUUCAACUGUCAUUGUAAUUUAUUAGAAGAAAACUUGAUUUAGAAAGAAAAACGAAAUCUUAAGAUAUAUUUCUAAACUUAAUUUGAAAUGUAUCUAUCAAAUUUAGUAAAUAAAUAUUUAUUAUGUGUAUUUAAUGUGUUAACAAUAAUCGAUCGUCUCUCAUAAUUUCAUAUGAAUUUUCAUAAAUUAAAUUGAUAAAGUAUAUCAACUUAAGAAAAAGUAUUACUUACAUCAUGACUCUGGUAAAUGAAGAGUUACCAUUUUUGAGCAGAAUGAAAAGCUUAUUCCAAUCAUUUUAAUAUUAACUAAAAACUUUGAUAUAAUUCGAGAGUGAAUCUAAUGUAAGUCUUGUAGUUAAUAUAAUUCAGUAUCUUUUUCUGUUUCUAAAGAUCUAUCAGAAAAGAUUUACUAUUUUCUUUUUUCGAAAUUCAAAAGAAAUAUUUGAGAAACGAGAAUGAAAAAGCAUCCUCAUAUUCAUAUGUAAAUUAUAAUUAAACUGUUUUCUUUUAUUUUUAGGCAUCUGAUAAAUUGAGAAUAACUGCAUUGUAUUCAGUUUUAUACGCUGAAUUUAAUUUGCCUAGUUGUCAUAUUGGUUCAAAUGAAUCGAUUCAUAUUGGUAAAAAUCUGAUAUCUUUUCUUGGAAGUUAUAUACCAUAUUUGGAAACAUUACGUCUUUGGCGGUCAGAUGAUUUUCCUUGGACAUCGAGUAAGUGA